AUGGCUCGUAUACUCAUCACCGGCUCCUCCGACGGCCUGGGCUCUCUGACCGCACGUGCUCUUGUCAAGAAGGGCCAUUCCGUGGUCCUACACGCGCGAAAUGAUCAACGGGCGCAAGACGCGCGAUCCGCAUGCCCCGAUGCCGAGACAUGUAUUGUCGGCGACCUCUCUGAUAUUUCGCAGACAAAGAAGCUGGCGGAAGAUAUCAAUCACUUGGGAGCCUUUGAUGCUGUCAUUCAUAACGCCGGACUCUAUACCGGGCCCUAUCGCAAGACGAAGGAGGGUUGGCCAAGCAUAUUCGCAGUCAAUACGCUCAGCCCAUAUAUCCUUACCUGCCUGAUCAAUCCAAAGCCCAAACGACUCGUGUUCGUAUCCUCAGGCCUUCACAAUGGAGGAGACGCAUCCUUUAAAGACAUUACCUGGCAAGAGCGCGGCGAGCGAGGCUUCAGGGACUUUCAAGCCUACUCCGACACGAAGCUACACGAUGUGCUCCUUGCGUGCUUCUUUGCCAAGAAGUGGCCCAACGUGCGGAGCAAUUCGUUGGAUCCAGGCUGGGUUGCUACUAAGAUGGGCGGUGCUGGUGCUACUGGGGACAUCGACGCUGCCGUGGAUACGUAUGUCAUGCUCGCAGAAGGUUCAGGCAAGGCGAAAGACGCGUCCGGGAAGUACUGGUAUCACUGCGAGCCAAGAUCGUCCAAAAGAGAGGUAAAUGAAGAGGCUGUGCAGCAACAGCUGAUCAAACGACUGGAAGAACUCACAGGAGUGAGCGUACCGGAUAUUUGA